AUGGAUUCAAUGGAAGUAGUUUGUCCAACAUAUAACAUGCAUAAUAAUACCAAUAACUAUGAGCAGCUCAUUGUUCAUCAGGUAUCUGACUUGUCAUUUAUGAGCUGUGAAUUGGACAGUCGUUCGCAGGCAUUUCUUAUCUGCGAUUCACCUCUAGCAACGACAUCUACCAGCCAUGUAAUUGUAUUUCACCAAUUUUCUCCUUUACCAAAUGGCUUCGAAUACCAGCCGGGCCGAUCAUAUUAUUUGAUUACAACAUCAAAUGGAUCUGCAGAAGGCAUAAAUAACACUCGGUUGGGACUUUGUGUUACUGCAAAUAUGAGGUUGCGUAUUGAUGUUCGACCUUUGCGUGACAAUUCUUACUUAAAUUCUGAAGAAGGAAUGGAUACGAAGUCUACAGCACUAGAGUCAUCGGAAGCAGAAAGAACUGAAAAAGAAGAAUGGUCUAGAAGUCGUCGUGUGAAGCCACCUAUAAGUGACAGUGUAAAAAUAGGACAAGAUAUCGACAGACUAAACAAUGAAUCACAGAAGUUCGCUAAAAAACACGGUCUUGAUUUGACACGAUUAGAGUAUGUCAGACAGUUAGCGAUGGAUGGAGUUGAGGGCGAUUUCUUGUUUCGGGAACUUGAAAAUGAUUCUGUGAAAACUUCGCUGGACUCAUCGGAGACAACUCUUGACAGUGGUUCAGGGCGGCCAAGUUUUUCAAGUACACUUACUGACCGUGGUGAAGUGCCUCAUUCGACGAGUAGGCAAGCACAGCGAUGGAUUUCGAAGGAAAUACAAAGCAGAUUCAAUGCUUCAUGGGAUAUUUUUCCCGAUCAGAAUAGAAGUGGCAUGGAAUCUGCGGACUAUGUCGUAGACGACAUGUCGUCCGGUGGAGCGGCCAUAUUUGAGCAACUUGAAGCUAAAUAUGUAAUUAUCAUUGCACUAUUAUUGUGCAGUUCAGGAAGGUGA